AUGCUGCUGUUAUUAUUGUUGUUGUUACACUUUUUCAUCCAUAAUAGGUGGCUUCACCAUUCAAAUUUCAGCUCGGCUCCACUACCGACAUAAGCCUUUUUUACCGUUACCUUUAAUAAUUAGUAGCAGGUUGAAUGUUAUCAUACCUAUCCUACGAACGUAUAUUUAAAAACAAAACAAAAAAAACCCCUAUAAAUUUUGUUUCAUCAUCAUCAUCAUCACCUGCAGUGUGCGCCGUAGAGCAGAGGUAAACUGCCCCGGCGAGUCGACAUUCUUACCCGGUUUCGAUUCCCACUCACGCCGCUAACACUUAGCAAUGAGCUAUGUGAACGUUGCACAAUCUCAUUUGCUUUCUUCUAUAAAUAUGAAGUCUUGAGUUUCGUCAGAAGAAAUUGUCGAUCUUAUCAUUGAAUCAACAGUGGCCAUAUUGUCUUUAAAAAAAGAAAAAGAAAACAAAAGCAUUAAUUACUCGUAACGUAGUUAAGAUGAGAAGUUUUGAUGUAAAUUAAUUAUCUUUCUUAAUAGCAUUUACCUAUUUUCACCUGAAUCGAAUGUUCGAUCCAGGUGUUCUUACAGAAUGAUUCCACUCCAAAUCGCCAUUGCUUUUUUUUUUUUUCGAGAUUCUUUCGACGUUUUGAUGAUAAAGAAAGAAAAAAGUUGUUACGUGAUAUAAAUUUAUUUUAUCUUGCAAUGACACGAUCCUGUAGGAAUACUUCGAACCACGUAUCAUUCUGUGAGAUAGACUGUCUGCUCCAACCCUGCAGCAUCCGUUCAUCAUUAACUUAGUUUUUUUUUUUUCUAUUUUAAAAACACUUGAUGAAAGAAAAAAAAUAUGACGAAGCGAUCUUUAAUAAAUGUUACUGCUGUAAAAAAGACAUGUCCAGACGUUGACGAUCAUUGACAAGUGUAGGUUUUAAAAGACAGUCCUCUUUCUUUCGUUAAUCAACUUUCCUAAUUACUUUAUUUAUUUAGUGUUAUUAAUCUCUCUCUAACGGUAUCUCACACUUCCUGUUUGUUUUCAACAUGGCUGACUGUUAAUUACAGGUGAAUCUGCAGGUACUUGCAAAUAACUUACCACUCAUAAUAUACAGGAUGCUCUUCAACACUUCCAGUUGCCACAGCAGGUUUGAGAAUCACUACAUACAGAAAGGAUGAGAGAGUAUCUUUGACUGAUUGAGUAUAUGAUUGAAAUAAGUUCCAACAGAUGUCCAUUUAGUCAAACAACCGAACAGAUGCUGCUGUAUAUUGAAGCAAUCCAGCCUUUUGAAAACAGGACUGAAACAGGCUGCUGUGAGGACAGCUGCCAAAUAACAGUAAAUGAUCUUAUCAAAAGCUUUUAAUUGAUCCAUAUUGAUUAGAGUCCCACUGAAACCAAGAUUGUUACCCAUCCUUUCUACAAUGUUGGAGGUCAUGCAUAAAUCUGCCUGGGAUCAUACAAUUCUCUAUUUCAGUAACAUAAGCUAUGUACAAAAGUGAACAGGUGUAUAUCACAGUACAGGAAUCCAACUUCAUGCUGCUGUCUCAACAUUGAAAUCAUCCACAGUGUGUAAACUCUUUUAUAAGUUCCUGCUUAUGAGUGAAACCAGCUGCUACAAAUACUGGUCACGAUGUCUUUUAAAACUGAAAAGCCUUUCUUACAGACAUUCCCAACUGCAAGUAACUUUGUACGAAACUCAGAUCCAACGUCCAUUACUGUUGGUCAGCUGAAUUAUGUUCAACAACCUUCGCAGCGCUCACCAACACAAUUCCCACAAAUUGAUGUCACACAGUUUGACUUUGCUCAGCAGACUCAUAUAAUCCACGGUGCAGAUGCGAGUCACCUGAUGUUUAUUCCGCAGCAGCCAACAGAUGAUGAUACUGCAACAAUUCAGUUUCCUACAUCACAAACUGGUAAGUUAGAUAUAGAGUUCUCACAUCAAAUGGAUUUGAAAUCAGGAACUCUUGAAUUCCCUGAGCAGUUAGAUGCAGUAGCAGCACAACAGUUGUCCUAUCCAGUUCAAAUAAAGAAUGAACCAGAGGACAUAAAUAAUUUGAGUUCCGUUGUAAAACAAGAGCAAAUUGACUUCAGUGAAAUGGUGAAGAGCGAGAAGUCUGAUUUAGAUUUCGACCAGUUGAGCAAACAGCAGCUUGACUUUGGCCAGUCUGUCACUGUGGAUGAUAAAGUUCAAGCAAUAAGCCAGUUUGGAUUUGCACAAUCAAUGGGAGAUGCUGAACAGAUGGAUCUCAUUCAGCAUAACGAAAACAAGUUGGAACAAUUAAAUUUUAACGAACCAGUGAAACUCAAGACCGAACAAUUAGAUUUUGUUUCACAGGUAAACAAUACUGUGGGAACACAUUGUCAAGUUGAUUUUGCUUCUCAAGAACAAGUUAAAACUAUGUCUUUGGAUUUCCAAACCCAGCAACAACAGCAGCAACAGCAACAGCAGCAACAACAACAACAGCAGCAGCAGCAUCUAGUUGAACCGAAAAUCGAAGAGAUAAGUUUUUCGCAAACAUUGCAGCAUGUCCCUCAGCCUCAAAACCAAAUUGACUUUAAUCAAUCACUUGAUAGCAACACUGCCAGACAGCUGGAAUUUGGUCAGCAUGCCCCUCCUCCACCACCACCACCUCCUCUUCCUCCUCACCAAACUCAUCCACAUCAUCAUCAUCAUCAUCAUCAUCAUCAUCAUCCCCACCAUCAACGCAUGGCAGCAGAUAUAAAUGCUGGCCAACCCCCUGGUUUCCCACAGCUUCUGGACACCAAAACAGAACAGCUUCAAGCGAAGCUGUUAGUGUGCAAGCACUGCCAAAAGACGUUUUAUAGUUCUGAGGAGCUGCAACAACACAUGAAGAUGCAACAUACUUCUGAGAGUGAAAACCUGAACAGCAGUCGAUGUAGCAGCGCUAGCACUGUUGGUGGUGCUUGUACUACAAAUAGCAGCGGAGAAAAACGCUACACCUGUGAGUAUUGCAAGAAAACCCUGUCUCGACUGUAUGGGCUGACCCAGCACAUCAAAACCCAGCACAAUCGAGACAAGCUGUAUCAGUGUCAGUACUGUGAAAAGACAGCCACCUGCUUCAGUGAAUUACGGGAACACACUCGGUCGCAUAAAGUGAAUUCUUUUGAGUGCAAAUAUUGUAAAAAGAAAUUUCCUCGCACAUACAACUUAACAUUACACAUCCGCACUCACACGGGUGAGAAGCCUUUCAGCUGUUCCUUCUGUGACAAAACAUUUGCUCGUAGCAGUAAUUUGGUUGUUCACCAGAGGACUCAUACAGGAGAACAGCCGUUUCAGUGUAAAAGCUGCAAAAAGUCUUUUUCAUAUUCAAAGCAACUUAAGAAGCACACCCUUACCUGCAAACCACCGCUACCACCAGCUCCAGCAGCACUUAUGUGUGAUGGCAACACUGCACUUUUAUACAAUGGUGGUGUUAUAGCAGAGAAUGGCCUUGGGCCAGUGCCUAAUCCUAUUAACACCUGUGAUAUCAAUUCUUCAAUAUCAAAUGAUAUCAACUUAGUUUCCACCACAUCUUCUGGUGUCACUAACACAAGUGUUGCUGUCAAGUUACCGAGCAACUGCAACCUUACAAACAGCGUGUCUUUGUCUUUGCCAACACCAUACUCAAAUCAAACAAACGUGGAUACCAAGCCUGUUGUGAUUAAUUUAAAUAGAACAAACCAUCAAUUGGAACCUUUUGGCAGCAAUAGCAGCACCAAUAGCAAUAGUGCUGCUAACUCUAACCACCUCCCCAAUCCAAACCCAAGUGAAGUACAAGUGAAGCAGGAAUUUACCAAUCUUUACCCUGCAAAUCAAGUCCCACCGCAGCAGUUUUGUACAUACAAUGGCCAGUCAUUCACCUACAGAAAACAAGAGAAUUUCCUGAGCAAUGUUGAUGCACAACAGCCUUAUUAUGCCCAGGAUACGAUGGUCAUGAGACAGGAUUACAUCAGUAACAGCCAAAUGUAUGCACCCCCUCAACCCUAUACCAACCCCACACCCCCUAACCAAGAGGAAAUGAUCACGUAUAUAAAUUUAUAACAAUUUCCAUUUUGAAUAUUUAGCAAGUUAAUAUUUUUUUUUAGUGCUUUUCUCUCUCACUCUCAUUCUCUCUCUCUAUCAUUUUGGUUUACUUUUUUUUUUCCUUCUUUGAAUUAUCAAAUUUAUAAAAAGUUGCUUUCAUAUCAUUGGGAGAUGUAAAACCAGAGUGAAGAAAGAAUUGUGAAUAAUGGAAUUUUUUUCAGGAAAAAAAAAAAAGAAAGAGAAAGAACAGAGAAAGAGAGACAAGACAAAAAAUGUUAUGAAGAUAUUGGAAACCUAAAAAUCCUUUGAAAAGGAAGUGGGGGCGGGGACAGAAUUUUAAAAAAAUACUUAAAAAUAUAAAACAAUGCUGUGUUUUAACAGUAUCUUCUAUUUGUGAUCUGGGCAUCUUAAAUGCCACUUGAAAUGUAUUUUAUUAUCAUUUGGCUUUUAACUGAUAUAGAAUUGCUUUGUUUUACGAUAUUAUAGCUGUAGUGUUUUGGCCUUUCAUUACCCAACAAACAGAAUUUUGUAAAAAGUUUAAAAACUCAAAAAAAGUUUCUUCUCUUUAGUUUUUGCUGACUGUCAUCUCAGAGGGCUAGUCUUUCUAUUUCUCUUUCUCUCUCUAUAUAUCUCACCCAAACCAGUAUUAUCUUCACGCAGUGGGUCUUUGAUAAAUAUUUGAUGGUAGAACUCAGAACCUAAACUCAGUGCCUUUAGUUACAGAGAAAACAGAAAACAUUUACAAAAUAAAAAGAAAGAAAGUUAAAAUUGAAGGAAGUAAAUUCAUCUCUCUCUCUCUCUCUCUCUCUCUCUCUGUCUCUCUCUCUCACCCUCCCUCUUUUGCCAGUAUUCUGUUUCAAUCUCUUCACUUUAUAUUAUUGAUCUAAAAAAUAGUGAUAUUUUACAUCAAAUUUCUGUCACUUUAACACCCAAUACAAAUUAGAGAAUCAGAAUAACUUAGUUUCUCCCUUCUAUAUAAAAGUACAAAAUAUAUUUCUUCGCCUUUAUAAUAAGCAUACAAAACCAAACUGAUUUUUCUACUAUAUAAAUUAAAGGAAGGUUAUUUUUCUCCUCUGUUUUACAUCCAUAUUUUCAUGCUUGCAUGACUAGAGCAAUAUAAUGUCUUCCUGUGUAAAUUAGAGUAAAUUAGAUAUAAUUAAUAUCCUUUAUCCUAUAUGGGCUAGAAUACACAAAAUCUUCCUGUAUUUGUCUACAGGAUAUGUUCUUAUUUCUAUCUUAUUAAUAUAUUUUCUCUAUUCUAUCUUCGCUGUAUACACCAUAUUAAUUUCACAGUUAAUGGAUAGCGAUUUGGAGAAUCGGUGGGGUUAUGGAAUCAAAAGAAGACAGUAUCAAAAUCAAAGGCUUCCAUUGAUGUAAAAUUAUUGAAACUAGAUAUUGAACAAAUUUUACAUAUUUUCUUUUGAAUGAAAAUUAAAAAAAAAAAAAAUUUGAAAUGAAAUUCACUGAAAUUUCAAAUUAUGUGUCUUAUCAAAAAUUUGUUACCCUGCUUCUAACAAAGAGGGAAUCUGUUAUUAUUUUAAAAUUUUUUUUUCUAACCUUUAGUGAGCAACAAAAUUACAAUUUGUUAAUUAUGUAAUAAUUGCAAAGUUGUUCUUAAAACUACUUGAUGGCCUUCACUUCACAUAAUCUGUGUAUUUAUAUCAAACUUAUGUUUGCUGUUUCACUCCAAAUAGAUUUUCAACAAGUAAAUUGUACAUACAUAUGUAAGCACUCAUGCACAUACACAUUACAGCCAUACACAUACAGAAAAAUUAACUGAAAUUCAUCAUCAUCAUUAUUAUUAUUAUUAUUAUUAUUAUUAUUAUUAUUAUUAUUAUCAUCAUCUUCCUUUUAUUGAUUUUUUUUUCAUAAAUGAAUCUCAUGUAGAAAAGAUAAUGAAUCAUUUCUUUCAUCUUCUCACCAAGUAUUGCUUGUAAAAAAAAAAAAAAAAAGAACCCUGGUUUUGUGCCUUGACAAUUUGUCCAGUUUAAGAUUAUCUUUUAAAGAAUUUUAAAACUGUUCAAAAAAAUCUUUAGACAUCAUUUUUUGUUUAUUUGUUCUGAAACAAUCAGUAUGUGCCUCUCUGGGUUGAGUCACAGUAAGCAGACAGUUCUUUGCAUUAUUCCUCAAUCCAGAACAUUCAUUUUGAAUAUUUCAACUAUUUUUCUCUUCUUUUAUUUCUAGUGUCUUCUUUUUUUUUUUUCAUAGUCAGAGUAUUUCAAAAAUAUUUUUCAAUUUCAAUAUUUUUGUAAUGGCUAUGGAAGUGAAAUGGUUUCUGCAAGUGUAAGGAAGCUGUGAUUGUUGUAACUAUCCAUGUGAGCUAGGGGUUGGUAUAUCAUCCUUGACAAUGGCAUUUAACUCUCAAUGGCCUCAUCCAUCUCAGUGAUGGGGAAAGUACCAUGGUGCUGAUUUCAAAUCUUCCUCUGAAUUACACAAAGAGGAAGUCUUUGGUGUUAACUCCUCAGAAGGAUAUGUGAUGUUGCAUUAAGGUACAAAUGAACCUGUCCAUUAGAGUGAGUGUCUUCAUGCUUGCGAAAAUCUGUCUGGACUGUCUUAUAUCUUAGGAAAACAACUUGUUACCCAUAUUUUUCAAGGCCUUGAAGUGUUUUUGCAAUUCAUAUUUCAUUCAAUCAAAUCUUCAGUAUUUAUUUCUACUUGAAACACCUUUUACAUCUGUUUGCUUCCUUUUACAUCUGUUUCUCUCCAUUGAUGUGAAUUCUUUUUUUCUUUUUGACAAGAAUCUCAAAAACAGUCUAAUCAGAAGUUCGGUUCUCAGUAUUCUCAUAUUUAUAUUUUAUUUAGCUGUCUGUUGGAAUGUUUUUUUUAAAGAAAAAAGAGACAAUUAUAGAAAAAUUCUGAAAUUCACAAAUAUAUUUCUACAUUUGUAUUAAAUUAUUGUCCUGGCUUUGGUUUAUUUUUAUUUUCCAAUAUUUUGCAUCAGAUUUUUCUUUACACUGUAACAUGUUAGCAUAGGUUGGAUAGUUUUACAAAUUUACAUAAUAUACUAGAGUUGAUACUUUUUACCUUCCAGUUGCCUUUCAAAACACUUAAAAAUUCAUUCAACUUUUGUCAUAACAAACUCACAGGAAAAAAUUGUAUUUAUUUGAGAAGAUUUAUUCCUCAUUAAAAUUUUCAUUAUUCAUCUUAUUUAGAUUUCUGGUGUGUAAUCAGGAUGUAUAACAUUUGGCAAAGUCUGCCUUAAUUAUAUCAUUUCAAUGAAUUUUAAUUAUGACAUUUGAGAACCUGCCUAUUUGGGUAGCUUGUAUUUCUAAAUUCUAAUGGAGUGACUUGAUUUUAUUAAAUAAAUUUCUUACAGCUGACUUAUUAAAUGACUGUAUAUUUAUAAAUUGGCUGAAUGAAAGAGAAACAUUAUAGAAAUGUAUUGACUCAAAUUUCAUAUAGUUCACCCUGAAAGUAUAACCAUGUUCAUCUUAUAAUUAUUAACAGUAUUCAGUGGAAGGUAAUUCAAAGACAAUCUUCAUCUGAGAUGAUCUUUUGUUUUAGAUAACUCUAGUAGUUCAUAUCAGUAUUGCAUGUAAAACUUGCUUUAUAUAUAUAUAUACAUACACACACCUUAUGUAUUUAUAUAUCCUAUAUAUAUUUGAAUAUAUGUAUGGUGGUUUAAUUAAGACUUUAGCUCUUAUUUCUAGCAGGUGUAUGCUUUUAUGCAUCCUUACGCUUCAUGCAAAUUUGCACUUUAUAGCUAAAUAAUGCUCUUUGCCUGCAAACCACCCAUGUUACUACUGUUGAUAGCAUCAGUUUUAGAUUUUAUCCACGAUGAUAUUAACAGUAGUGACAUAUAUAUAUACACACACACACACAUAUAUAUACAAUUACACACACACACACAUAUAUAUACACACACACACAUAAAUAUAUAUAAAUAUAUAUACAUGCAUACACACACACACGUAUAUAUAUAUAUAUAUACACACACACACACACACACACACACACAUACAUAAACACACAUACACACACACACACACAUUACAUGGAAUGCCAAGCUCCCCUGUAAAUAUAUUCCCGAUUGAUUAUUUUC